GGAAUAAUACAACGGUGAUGUGCAAGCAAAUUGGAUUUUAAAAAAGAAAGUCACAUAAAUUUCAUAUCUGAAUGGUGCAGGGCGCAUUUCGUGGUGAUUUUCUUUCUAUGUGCCUAUCAAGAUACAUAAAACUAAAUUGGAUUUAUUUUCUGGAUAAUUCAAAAAAGAAAAAAAAUCUCCCGAUUGAAACUGUAGUUUUUAAUUCUAAUAAGACUGCCGAAUUCGUCCACUGGAACAGCUGAAGAUAGAUUGACCACCACGUUAAACCACGGUAAUAAUGACGUCAUACUAUUUGUUGCUGAUGUUCUUGGCACUUUCCGUUGGAGGUUGUUAUGGAUACGUUAGAAUGUGUUACUAUACCAACUGGGCCCAAUACCGAGGAUUUAAACCAGAUAAGAUAGACCCAUUCGUAUGUACACAUAUUGUGUACGCGUUCGCUAAAUUACAGGGGACAAACAUUCUUGAUAUAGAAUGGAACGACCCCACAAUACAAGCAGGAGUCAUAGGCCUAAAGAAUACCAACCCAUCCCUUAAAGUGAUUUUAGCUAUUGGUGGCUGGAAUGCCGACAACACUCAGUAUGUUAAUCUUGUUGCCAACGAUACGGCCAUGCAAGCAUUUGCUGAUAAUGCCAUCACGUAUCUGAGACAGAGGGGAUUUGACGGUUUAGAUUUGGAUUGGGAGUAUCCCGCUAAUCUUGAUAGACGUGGUACCGCUGCUGAUCGAGUCCAAUUUACAAGAUGGCUGCAGAUAUUACAAAAUAACUUCAUUGCUGAAUCGGCUGCUACAAAUCAACCACGAUUACUUCUGACCGCUGCCGUGGCUGCGUCUAUGCCGACAGCCAAUAAUUAUUAUGAAGUAGCCAAGAUUGGAAAUUAUCUGGAUAUUCUGAAUUUGAUGACAUAUGACUUCCAUGGUUCAUGGGAUGGACGAACACUGGGAGUUCAGCAUCACUCACCUUUGUACCCUGAAGGAAAUAGCUCAGUGAUCGGUUGGAUUGCUGCCGGUUUUCCCGCCAAUAAGAUAGCCAUGGGUAUGGGAGCCUAUGGCAGAAGUUACACUUUAAAUGCCCAGCCAACCGGAAACGGUAUUGGAGCAUCACCUAGCGGAUAUUCUCAAUACAACUAUAAAGUGAUUUGUGGAAAAUUAAACGCUGGAUACCAGCUGAUUCAGUUGACCAAUCAGGGCGUGGUUGCUGCUUUAGGACAGAAAUUUGGCCAAUGGGAAUGGAUUGGUUUUGAUAAUCCAUCAUCAUUUGCACUAAAGGCUAAUUAUAUCCGAGUAAACGGUUUAGCUGGAUCUAUGGUGUGGGCCUUGGAUCAAGAUGAUGAGAAUAACACGUGUGGUGGAGGCAAUUACCCGCUUUUAACCACUUUACAACAACAACUUCCGGCUGGAGCUGUAGGUAAAGUUGGAAAAGGUAAUGCCGGCAAAAAUAGAAGAAAACCUAAACAAAUUCCAGGCAAUAGAGGCGGCAAUAAUGUGGGAAAUAUCGCUGGAAAUGUUGCAGGGAACGUGGUCGGAAAUGGUGCAGGGAACGCGGCUGGAAAUGCCGUAGGAAAUAUUGCAGGAAAUAUUGCAGGAAACGCUGCCGGAAAUGCCGCAGGAAUUGUGGUCGGAAAUGUUGCAGGAAACGCCGCAGGAAAUGUUGCAGGAAAUGCUGCAGGAAAUGUUGCAGGAAACGCAGCAGGAAAUGUUGCAGGGAACGUUGCAGGAAACGCGGGCGGAAAUGCUGGCGGAAAUGCUGGAAAGGACGGUGCAGCAGAAAUUGACGAUUAGCUUUAUGUUUAGUUAUUUAUGUUUCACCGCGAUGUCCAGCGAGAAAUGAGCGCAUCCCAUGGGAAGAUAAUGUUUAUUAUUUAGUGUGUCAAGCCAAUCUAUUUGCUGUGAAGUGUCGGUGUAAUGGUAACAUGUUUUAUAACCCCUGUCGAGGAACGUGUGAUUUUAGAUCCAACUAUUUCUCGUGUUCUCUUAUGUACGGAAAGAAAUAAAGCACUUGUAUAAAA